AUGGUACAUGAUAUGAAAGUGGAAUUCAAUGAGGGUAUAGAAACACUAAAGAAAAACCAUAGUGAGCUACUGGAGAUCCAAAAUAUAGUGAAUCAAAUUAAAAGUUCUGCCGAAAGCCUCACCAGUAGAAUCAGCCAAUGGAAGAACAGCAUAUCUGAGCCUGAAGUUGCUCUUGGAUUCCAGGCCCAGAUCAUACAUGCAACAGAGACCAAAGAAGUCCUGGAGGCAAAGGAAGGACUUGAACCUGAUGUGCUUCCCCUGGGCUUUGGAGAGUCUUCAGACUGCUGCUUCUUCUAUACUUCAUGGAUCAAGUGUUCAAGAUUUGUAUAUUAUUUUCCAACCAGUGGUAGUUGUCUCAAGCCAGGCAUCAUCUUUGUCACCAAGAAGAGGAACCAGAUCUGUGCCAACCCCAGUGAUCCAAGAGUUCAGGAGUGCAUAAAACGCCUGACGCAAAACCCAAGACCUGGGGACCAAGUCAUUGUUUGAGAAGGAGGGCAUGUAUUGCCAGCCACUUUCUUCUGCCUUCCCCAGUGACCACCUAGGAGGCUCUCAGCGUUUGUUUUUUAUUAAUAUAAAAACAUUUACUUUCCUGUUCCGGUUUAGAGCAACACAUCUAGCUUUGUCACCAGGGGAACUUGUCUGUGCCAAGCCCAGUGAUCUGAAAACUGAGAAAAUGCAUGAAAAGCCUGAUGCUGACCUCACUGACUACACAUAACAUUUAAUUAAGAUAAGAGGGCAAAGGCUGGAAAGAUGGCUCAGCGGUUAAGAGCACUGGCUGCUCUUCCAGAGGACCUGGGUUCAAUUCCCACUCAGAUGGCAGCUCAAUCUAUCUGUAAUUCCAAUUCCAGGGGAAUUGAUACCCUAGUCUGCUCUUUAAUUAAUAGUAUUUA